CCUUUGGGCUACAGAGGGGAGCCAGGGUCACCUGGGGAGAAAGGAGACGAGGGCUUGACGGGGCUUCCUGGUCCAGGCGGAAUGGACGGAGAGCCUGGAGAGAAAGGAUCAAAGGGAGCUGAUGGCCAAGCUGGCCCUGUAGGACCACCGGGGCCACAGGGUAUCAGAGGAAUGGAGGGACCUCAGGGGUCAAUGGGACCAGAUGGAGAGGAUGGCUUAGAGGGACCACCCGGUCCCCCAGGACCUCCAGGUGCUCCUGGCAUGACAGGGGUAGUUGGAGCACAGGGAGCCAAUGGAUCACAGGGCGAUAAGGGACCUGCAGGAGCCCCUGGUGCCCUAGGACCUCAGGGCCCACCAGGCCUGGAGGGGCCAAGGGGGCCUCCCGGAACCAGGGGGCUUCAGGGAGUGUCUGGUAUGGAAGGACCACCUGGUCCUAAAGGAAAUCCAGGCCCUAUGGGACCUCUGGGCCCUCGAGGAGAGGUUGGCUUUGAGGGACCGAUGGGGCCACUUGGAACACAAGGUCCAAUGGGUCUCCCUGGUAAAGUGGGUAGACAAGGAGCUGAUGGAGACAAAGGAGAGCUUGGACCCAAAGGAGAGAAGGGUGGCCAAGGGGCUACAGGGGUUCCAGGCCCGCAGGGCGAACAAGGCCCUACUGGUUUACAGGGGUUCCCUGGGCAGAAAGGCCAGCUAGGUCCGAAAGGAAUUGAGGGUGAAGAUGGAGAGGCUGGGCUUCAGGGCAAGCUGGGCAGAUUGGGACCAAAGGGGGGCAAGGGCCCAGAGGGAAGGAAAGGAAAACCUGGACCCAGAGGACCGAGGGGUCGUGCUGGUCAGAGAGGUCAUGCUGGCAUGCCUGGUCAACCGGGUAUGCCUGGUGCCACAGGACUCCAGGGAGCUGAAGGAAAGCCUGGUACACAGGGUCCUCAGGGGGCAUCUGGCUCGGCUGGUCAUAAUGGUCUCCCGGGACUUCAAGGUGUUGCAGGAACGUCUGGGCUAGAUGGACCGCCCGGACCACCGGGUCCUCCUGGCAAUGAUGGACCCAGGGGCAGUCCAGGUCCAGCAGGAGAGAGGGGUUUAACAGGAAAGUCAGGUGCAGAGGGACCCCAGGGGCCUGUAGGCAUGUAUGGUUUUCCAGGAAAUUUAGGCGUUCGUGGUGACUCAGGGCCAAUGGGAGGAAUGGGUGAACCUGGUGUAAGAGGACUUCCUGGACCCCUUGGGAUGCGUGGCCGUCCAGGUCCGCCAGGAUCAGCCGGGGAGCCAGGCCUUCAAGGUCCUCAGGGUCGUCAAGGCGGCGAUGGACCCAAGGGAGAACAGGGCUCACAGGGACUUCAAGGACUCAAGGGCUCAAGGGGUCCAACAGGCAAACCUGGACCCCGGGGAAGCGUAGGGCCACCAGGACCCUCUGGGCCCGAUGGACCACCAGGAGUUAUAGGACUGACCGGGGCCGAGGGGUUGCUAGGUCCAGCCGGGGAGAGAGGGGAGAUGGGAUUUGUGGGACCCUCUGGUGAUGAAGGUCCUGCUGGAUUGGAAGGACCACGGGGCAAUCCCGGUGCUACAGGAAUGGAAGGUCCACCAGGAAGAAAAGGCGAUCAGGGUGAGAGAGGGCCUGGUGGAAGGCAUGGCACUCCCAGUACCAAAGGGGACGUGGGAGCUGUUGGUGAUAAGGGACUGUCUGGGCCUCCAGGAACUGAUGGCAAAGAGGGAGAUGUGGGCAGCCCUGGUGAAGCAGGUGACCCAGGCCCUAAAGGAGAAAAGGGUACGGUUGGCCCACUGGGCUUCACUGGGCUAGAGGGGCCCUGGGGUGACUCGGGGGAGAGGGGAGACAAGGGGCCGCGUGGCGAGAAGGGUCAUAUCGGCCUCCUGGGAGAGCCCGGUGUGAUGGGUGGACUUGGUCCAGCAGGACUCAGAGGCCUAUCGGGCUUUCCAGGUCCUCGUGGACUUGUAGGGCCUGACGGACCCGCAGGACCAAAGGGUGAACUUGGUUGCAUUGGUGAUAUUGGUCUUCCUGGAGAUCCCGGACCUCAGGGCGUAGCAGGGCCAGCAGGGGCGAGAGGUGACCGUGGGAAACCAGGCCCUGAGGGUAACACAGGACCCCUUGGACCUGAGGGGGAUUUCGGGCCUAUUGGUUCCCCAGGGCCUGUUGGAGACAAAGGAGAUCCAGGACCACCUGGAGAGGAAGGGGAACAGGGUCCAGAGGGCCUGCAAGGUAUUCAGGGCCCACCAGCACUACCAGGCAUACAGGGAUUCCCAGGAGAGCCAGGAACUCGGGGAGCCCCAGGAGAGCCCGGAGCUCUAGGACCUAUGGGUAAACCUGGAUCAGCAGGACGGCAGGACCAGAAAGGAGAAAAGGGAGAAGAUGGCCUUCCUGGACCACCUGGGAAGACAGGCUCUAUAGGAAGGACGGGAAAACGAGGCAAAGCUGGUUCAAGGGGCUUAAGGGGAGGGCGAGGAGAAAAGGGAGAAAUGGGAGAGAGAGGAUCAGCUGGACCUCAAGGAUGGACAGGAACCAUUGGAGCCCCUGGCCUACGAGGAGAUGAGGGAGAGGAAGGCCCAAAGGCAGCUGAGGGGGAGAAAGGAGACUUGGGCCCAACCGGUGGACAAGGAAGAGAUGGAAUAAAGGGGAUCCGGGGUCCAUUCGGUCCUCCAGGACCACCAGGCCCAAAAGGGGAUCAGGGUAAUAUUGGACAACCUGGACCAAGAGGUACACCUGGGAUGCCUGGACUUCCUGGUUUGUUUGGACAAAAGGGCCCCAAAGGCUUUGAUGGUCCUCCAGGGAAACCUGGACCAAGAGGUCUUCCAGGGCCACCUGGACCACCAGGCCCUCCUGGACUCCCCUUAAACUACACACUGGGUCAGAUCAAGGACAUGAUGUUUGCUUCAGACAAGCCCAAUUACCCAGUUCUCCAGACUCUGCUGGACGCCCUGCAGAGGGACCUCAGGCUGCUGCUGGACCCACCUGAUGGCACCAAGGAGCGCCCCGCUACCACCUGCCUGGAGCUGUGGCUCUGCCAUCCCAACUUCACUGACGGGUUCUACUACAUUGACCCCAACCAGGGCAGCUCAGGGGAUGCUCUUCUAGCCUACUGCAACUUCUCUGACUGGGGAGCUGAGACCUGUUUGCAUCCCAGAGACUCUCAGCUGCCCACAAAAGCCUGGCUGCAAGACGUUGAGCCAAACUCUUUCCAGUGGCUAAGUACUCUCUCCAGAGGCUUUCAGAUCGAGUACCCGGCUGCCAGUGUGGUCCAGAUGCGUUUCCUGCGCCUGCACAGCCGCUGGGUGGAGCAGAGGGUGACGUUCUCCUGCCAGCCUGGCCACCGACUGAGCAACACUACCCGCGAAGCGAGGUUCAUGACGGACAAGCCCAAGCAGAGUUACCUAGCAGCUAUACAGGACUGUGUGCCUGCAUUGGAGGAGGACGAGGACCUUACCCCACGGGAGACAGUGCUGCAGUUCGAGGAGGACCUGGAGCUCCUUCCUGUCCGAGACGUGGCCGUGUCCUCCCAGGGUGGUGGUGACCUCACGCAGCAGUUUGGCUUCACCAUCGGCCCAGUGUGCUUCAGCUAGAGACCACGUGACUAUGCGACGGGGAAGGGGGUCUCCUUGACACCCCCCCUGGCCAUCACCAAUCCGCACAGACAGGAGCCGGAGGGAGGAUGGAGUUGGAGAGGAGUACAGGGAUGCCCUGUGUGCCCUUUCUCUCUCUCUGUCUCUCUCCUCUUAUGCGGCUCCAGUGGACUUGCCCUCAUGAUUGUUUCCUGAUGUCAGCUCAUCAUGAGGGAAUACAUUUGUAGGCCUUCGGAUGCAAGCUCAUCCUGUGUAUAGCAUUGUUUUUUUUUUUUUGUUUGUUUUUUUUUUUCUGGACAGUUUGUUUGUUUACAGAGACUUUUUAUACUUCAAUGAAUAAUUUAUAUUAUUUGAUUUAAUUUGUUAUUCCCAGCCUAUUUCUCAUUAUCCUGUUUAUUAGUAGCAAUAUGUAUGCUACAGACUUUCCCCGAAAUGAUCUCACAUUUAUGUAUACCACAAGAAUUGGACGAAAAUGAAAGGUAGAAGUCCAGCAUUUUAAUCACUGUAGCUCAAUGUCAUAAUUAUUCAUGGCAUUGGGCUUAAGGAAGGGUUCAUCCAAUUACUUCAUUCAGUUUACUCCCAAUGGUUAACUAUGCUUAAUUAUAAUUAACAUGUUAGCUAUGGAACACAUCCUUGUAUAUAGUCAGUCUAAAUAAUCUAAAAUACAAUGGACCAGUCUUUUUUUAAAUCCAGUUUUCUAAAGCUCAUCACAAAAUGAAUACCUUGUAUAUACAAAACCAUGACCAAAUAAUAGGCUAGUAGUGUUAAUUUGGAGAAGACAGGGUUGACCCAAAGAAAGAGUGAAAGAACCCUGAACUCAAAUCCCAAGGGCUUUCACUUAAAUUAAAAGGCUACCUUUGCUUUUUGUCGAAGAUGUCUUCAUCAGGAACAUGAGAUUCUAAAAUGUGGGUGGGUAUUGGCUCAAAGGAAAAGGACAAUACAGUACAACGAAAGCCUGACUUUAUAACUGACUUGACAUAGGCCCAAUGCAGAUACAAUGAAUAUGUCAUUUAUAAUCCUACAGCCAGCUGUCUGUUUCAAUGGUAGGCUGAUACUUAAGUCCCCACCUUUAUUGUUAACUGGAUGUAGUUGAGAUCCUACAUGUAUACUGUGUGUAUCAUAGUGUACAAUAAAUUGCCUGUGUGUACCUAGAGUACCAUAGAUUAAAUGUAAACUACAUUUGGUAAACAAGAAGUCACAAAAUUACUGUACCCCUUUCCUAUUCUGUAGAUCUCUAUCCUUAUGGAAACGGGAAUGUGACAAAAAUCAAGAUUACUAACAACAACAUAUGGUGCUAGAGAGUGUUCUUUUGGGGUUGUUUCAGAUUCAUCUUUGUUAGAUGCCUCUCACCUAAAGAUACUGCUGCAGACACAUAUCAGGGCCAAGACAACAUGCUAAAUCUUUUCAUCAUGAUCACAUGCAUAAUGACCGUUCUGUAAAUCACACCACUUCAGGUACCAUCAGUCUCAGGGAGCACUUCCAGCAUCAGUAUGUCCUGCUUAAUGUAUUUGGUUUCACUGUGCAGGGUAGCCUAUGUUAAUAUUAUUUACUUCCAGGCUAAUGUUUGGUGGUGAUAUUUGUAGAUUUGUUCCCUAAUAAUGUGUAACCUGUGUGCCUACACAUUUCUAUACCACAUCGAACCACUAGAAUUGAUAUCUGCCUGAGGUGCAAAAAGUUAUAUACAACUUAAUUUGGUUUUUUUUUUGUUUGUUUGUUUGUUUUUUGUUUUUACUUUUUUAACCAAGCGGUAUCAUUACUUGAGAGCAUCCAACAGAACAACACCAUUGCUACUCAGGUUGAUAGGAAAUUCAAUAGAACAUUUCAUUUUUAACAACAGAAUUGCAAUGUACCUAAAGGUCAGGAUGCACUAAUAAAAGUGACACUGUGGUCCAAUGUUAUACACUAUGAAGACUCCUCCCUCUCCUGUGCAAAGCAAAAGUUGGAUUUGUUGCUUUGGUUGGCCUGGCUGAGACCUAUUAUUGGUGCUACUCCAUUCACAAGGAAAAGACUUGCUGUUUUCAAUGUACUUUGUAUACAUAUUGUAAUUUGAGGUGACAGUGUCUUAACUUAU